CUACACGCCCCAGCGUCCCUCGCGAGGCUACGUCAGUGAGGAGGAGGAGACGGGCGAGGAAGGAGCCACCGCCGCCAUUGUCUUUGUCAUCGCUCAAGAGAAGCCGCUCAGGAGAAGCCGCCGAAGUCUCUGCCGCCGCUAGAAGGAGGAGAAGAAGAUGGCCGAUCCCAAGUACGCCAACCUGCCGGGCAUUGCCUUCAACGAGCCCGACGUCUACGAGACCACGGAUCUUCCAGAGGACGACCAGGCGCAGUUUGAAGCGGAGGAGCUGAACAGCGACAGCGUGGAACGUAUCGUGGUCAACCCCAACGCCUCCUACGACAAGUUCAAGGACAAGAGGAUCAGCACCAGGGAUAUCGAUUUCUCAGACCGCAUUAGCAAGGCCAGGAAGACUGGCUACGAGUCUGGAGACUAUGAAAUGUUAGCGGAGGGGGAGGGGUCUCAGGAGAGCCCCCAACAGAAGUAUCAGCGACUCCUACAUGAGAUCAAAGAGUUGUCUGAGGAGGUGGAGCAAAUCAAGGCUGCUGCGAGGGACUGUGCAGACGAGGAGAAGCUGCUGCCGGUGGUGCUGGCCGGUCAAGUGGCCACUCUACGCCAGCACUUGGCCUCCCUGCAGCUGGAGAAGGUGCUGGGGCCCGACGCCACCGUCGACCUGACCGAUCCUCACGGGGCCCUCACCAACAAGCCCGAUUCAUCAGGCUGCCAAGCUCCGCAGUUGGCUGAAAUGGAGAAGAGAAUGGCGGAACUGGAGGUUGCCGUGGGCAACGGCUCCGACAGACAGAACCCUCUGACGAUGGCACUCCAAGACUCGAGCCUUGUGGGCACGGUUGAGGUACUCCAGGCCAAGCUGAGUGCGUUAGACCCGGCCACACUGGACCUGGUGGAAGCGAGACUGCAGAGCGUUCUAGGCAAGUUGAACGAGAUCGCUAAGCACAAGAAGGCAAACGAGGACGCAGAGACUCAGAGCAAGGUCUCUCAGCUUUACGAGCUGGUGCAGAGAUGGGACGGGACGGCACGGACUCUACCCAGGGUCGUCGACCGACUGGUGGCCGUCAAAGAUCUACACCAGCAAGCCAUGCAGUUUGCCCAACUCCUCACUCACCUCGACUCCACACAGCAAAUGAUCACCACCACUAUGAAGGACAACGCCAUGCUCCUCACACAGGUUCGGCAGACCAUGAAGGAGAACAUGUCACUGGUCCAGGACAACUUCAUCAGCCUGGACUCCAGGGUGAAGAAAUUGAUAGCGUAGAAGGUUCACUGGCUCUGCUGACUACGCUUGGAUCCCCAGAGGGGAGGAGAGGGCAGGGGAGGGGAGGGGAGGGGUGGAAACUUAUUUAAGUGCCGGAAAAUUAUUUAAGCAACUGAAGACGGGUCACCUUGACCCACAACCUCCUUGAAGCAGCAGGGAGGGAGGGACGGACGGAGAGCUUCUAAACCCCCCCUCCCACUCCCUCCCUUCUGUGAACUGACCGUGUGUGUCCCACCCCCCCUCGCUCGCUCGCUCUCCCCCUUGUCAAUAAAAGGCUGCGGCCUCUGUCUUUGCUUCCACUUACGCCUCCUCUCUGACCCCGAUAUAGUGCGGAGGGAGCUUUAGUGUCUAUGUGUCUGUGUGUGAGAGAGAGAGUGUGUGUGUGUGUGUGUCUACGCCAAUUAGGACUGAGAUGAGGAAAAACUUCUUCACCCAGAGAGUUGUGAGUUUGUGGGAUUCUCUGCCUCAGAGGGCGGUGGAGGCCGGUUCUCUGGAUGCUUUCAAGAGAGAGUUAGAUAGAGCUCUUAAAGAUAGCGGAGUCAGGGGAUUAUGGGGAGAAGGCAGGAACUGGGUACUGAUUGUGGAUGAUCAGCCAUGAUCACAUUGGGUGGACUAAAAUGCUGGAUAAACUCAGCGGGUGAGGCAGCAUCUAUGGAGCGAAGAAAAAAGGCAAUGUUUCGGGCCGAGACCCUUCUUCAGACAGAACAGAUACAGGAUAAGAGGAAUAAUGUUUAGUGCAAGGUAAAGUCUGCUUAAAGAUCGUACGAGGGUUUCCAAUGAAGUAGAUAGCACACAGAUCAAUAGUAAUUCAUAUAAUAAUAUUAACAAUAAUAAAAUGUAGUGAUUAAUAAUAUUCAGUAAAUGUUCAGUACACAAACUGAAUAAUAAUAUUCAAUUAAUGUUUUCUGAGUCAUUCCUAACUGUCAUUGUAUGUCAUGUUGUCACUUGCGGGUGGAGCACCAAGGCAAAUUCCUUGUAUGUGAAUACUUGGCCAAUAAACUUGUUACAAGAGAGGGA